AUGUUCAUUAUUUCUAUCAAUGAAUCAAAAAAAUGUCUUCAGGAAACUGAGAAAGAAGAUAAGAUUUUCUCUGAUGAAGCCAGGAAAUUUAAGGAUAACAUCAAAACACUUGAAGGGACUGAUGCAAUCCUGAGUGACACCAUUCAAAGGACGCGUGCUGUGCUACAAUCUGAGAGGAAACAGAACGUGAGGAAUCAGGACUGGAUAUUGGAACAAGAAAAGUCUAUCGAGAACUUGAAACAUCUAACUUCAAUAAAUAUCUCAGAACUGUCAGAGGUUGAAGCUGCUCUUGAAGAAACUCGAGUGACUGAAGGGAAACUGAAGGCUGAACUAGAGCAGGUACAGGAGGACAAUGCUCAGCUUCAGACCAAGAAGGAGCAGUUGCAGCAGAAAGUUGUAGGCUAUCAAAAAGAGCACGCUGAGCUCAGUGAACUAAUCAAACCAAUAGAAAUGUUUGAGAAAGAUUUGGAAGAAGCUCUAACUCAAAGAGUUAAUGAUAUUGAUGUAAGCUCAUUCUCAUGAAUGAAGUUUGACAUCUUCUUAGUUAAAAUUAAGAGGCUGUUUGUAAUGCAGUCUUGUUCCUUUUCUAGGGAUUGAUUAGUUGCAUUUCACAAUUGUAUUUAUUGUCUGAAUUGAAGUCUGAGGGCCAAAAUCCAAGCAUAAAAGAAUUAGGAAAUGGAAAACUGGCAGGUAAGAUUAAUCUCAGGGAGGCUGGAUCCCUUUGAUUUUAAUUAGGUCACCAAUGCUCUCUUGAACUGGCUGAAUCUCCUCUAAGUGUUGGCUUGGUGGGGUCCAGGUGGGUGCUGGGACACAGUAGAGCAGGGGGCAAACCUAGAACCCUAGUUUCUCAAUUCCUUUGAGUUGUACACUUGAGGUAGGUGACUUGCAUUGUAU